AUGGCGUGGGAGCCAAACUGGGAAUUUUUGGGAUUUUCCUGCCUCGUCCUGCUCCGAUCCCGACUUUCCCUGGCGCAGCUGAUCGAGGCCACCACGGCGCCUCCCAAGAAGAAGCCGGACCCGGUGACGUCGGAGACCGUGGUGAUCUGGGGGCUGCGCCUCUGGCAGGUGGUCGGGAUCUUCGCCCUCUUCGUCCUCUCCAUCAUUAUCACCCUGUGCUGCAUCUUCAAGUGCCGGAUCCCGCGCACGCGGAAGGAGAUCGAGGCGCGCUACGCCCAGCGCCAGGCGGCCAAAAACUACGCGGACAAACUGGAGACCGUGCCGCCCCUGGGAGAGCUCACCGAGAUCCCCGGAGUGGACAAGGCUCAGGGAAAGAAGGAUGGAUCCAAAGACUCCAAGAAAAAGGACGGGGAGAAGGAGCAGAAGGAAGAAUCCAAGAAGGAAGGGAAGGACGGAAUCCCCUCCCCUAAAAAGAGAAGGAAUCCUGGUAUUGGGGAGUACGGGAUGAAUGCACAGACUCGUACCAAGACGAGCAAGACCCAGCUCCUUUUCCUGCUCCUGGCACGGCUCGAGGAGAAACCCUCCAGGCUCUGCUGGAACCAGGAUCCCCCGUCCUCCUUCCCGGCCUCCCGUUCUUUCCGCAUGGAGUGA